AAUCGGGCGUCGGAGCAUAUGAAACCGGCGGAGACCGAAACCGACGGCUAGGGUUUACGGAGGAGCGGCUCGUCGACCUUCUUCCACCGUUGGCCUGCCUCGCUGGCCGCGGUCGCUCGCGCAGUCUAACAACAAACUUUGGCCUCUGGCCGCCUGGGCGUCCUACUUUCUUCCUCCUUCCCCACGGACCCGAUCGAGCACGUGGCCGAGCCGACCGCAUCCACCUCCCCUCCCAAAUCAAAGCACGCAUUCUCCUCCGGCGGCAUGGAGCCCUCCGCCGGCGGAGACAGCGCCUCCGCGGCUGCCGCUGCGGCGGCGGCGUCCUCGUCGGGCCCCUCCACGUCCGCCUCCUCCUCCUCCUCCUCCGGCGCGGCGGCUUCCGGGGGGGGCGCCAGCGCCAACCACUACCUCGCGAAGCGCGUGCUCCACGGAAGCGCCGUGCAGCACGUCGCCCGUGGCCACUUCCGCUCCGAGCACCUCUCGGAGGUCGUCCUCUGCAAGGAAACAUCACUAGAAUUGGUUGUGGUUGGUGAUGAUGGUGUUUUACAGUCACUCUGUGAGCAAAGCACAUUUGGGAUUAUAAAAGAUGUUGGUGUCUUGGACUGGCGCUUUAAACACUUCGGUAUAUGGCCAGAGAUAGAAGGGAAAGAAAUUCUGGUUCUGCUGUCAGAUUCUGGAAAGCUUUCUCUUCUUUACUUCUGUUGUGAGAUGCAUAGGUUUAUCGCAAUUGGAAAUAUUGAGUUAUCCAAACCAGGAAAUAUGAGAGAUCAGCUGGGAAGAAUUUUAGCUAUAAACCAAGACUCUGAAUGGGUUGCUGUCAGCGCGUACGAGGAUGAGUUUGCUAUUGUGCAUGUUGAAAGGAGUCCCCAUGUUUAUGGUCCAAAUAAAGAAAUUGUAGAGGGGGCAAAAAUUUCGCAUGCUGUAUAUAAGACCAAUGAUAUCUGCGGUACGGUUUGGAGCAUGUGCUUCAUGAGGACUCACUGCUCUACGAAAGACUAUUUCCCAGUUGUGGCAAUGGUAAUUAACAGAAAGGGCUCUGAGGUGAAUGACUUGGCAAUGUAUGGGCUAGUCCCCAAUGAUGGUGGCAUCCAGCACAUAUCUUAUUUUUUGGAACCUGGACCUUUGGCACUUGAGGUCGCAGAAAUUCCUCAGCUGGGUGGCUUUGCAGUUCUAUUUCGUGCUGGUGAUAUUCUAAUUCUGGAUCUCAGGGACCCAAAGGACAUCAGUUGUACCAAUAGCAUAAGCAUGACAGGAAGUCUGGCUGGAGAGCAGAUCAGUGUUGAAGAUUCUUGUCGAGGGUUAGAUGUUGAUGACGAUGUGGCUGCUUGUGCGUUGCUAGAACUGAGAGAUUCUGGAAAUAACAUAAUGAUAGAUGACAAUUACAUGGCUAUUGAUGGUGUUGAUAACCUAGGUAGCAUGAAAUCAAGGAUUAUCUGUUCAUGGAGUUGGGAGCCAGAGGCCGCACGAGGACGACCAAGGCUGAUCUUUUGCUUGGACAAUGGUGAAUAUCAUAUUCUGGAAUUUAAUUGGGAUACUGAAGGAGUGAAGGUAUUGCCUGAGAGUGUCCAUAGGGGUUUGCCUUGUAAACCUCUUUUAUGGAUGAAUAGAGGAAUGAUAGCUGGGUUUGUGGAAAUGGGAGAUGGGAUGAUCCUUCAACUUGAACAUGGUAGACUGGUGCAUAAAAGUUCUGUUCAGAAUGUAGGACCCAUAUUGGAUUUAGCAAUUGCUGACUACCAUGGAGAGAAGCAGGAUCAGAUGUUUUCAUGUUCUGGAAUGUGCCCUGAGGGAUCAUUGCGAGUCAUACGGAAUGGUAUCAACGUGGAGAAACUUCUGAGGACUGAACCUAUUUAUCAGGGUGUUACUGGAUUGUGGACUUUGAGAAUGAAGAGAACUGAUAUGUAUCACUCUUUUCUUGUAUUAGCAUUUGUUGAGGAAACAAGAAUACUAUCAGUAGGACUGAGUUUUAAUGACAUCAGUGAUGCUGUGGGAUUUCAGCCUGAUGUUUGCACGUUAGCAUGUGGUUUAAUAGCUGAUGGUGUACUUGUGCAAAUUCACAGCAAAGGUGUAAAGCUCUGUUUGCCUACGGCAUAUGCUCACCCUGAGGGUGCCCCCUUAACUUCUCCAGUUUGUGUUGACUGGUAUCCUGAUGUCACUAUCAGUGUUGGUGCUGUUGGACACAAUAUUGUUGCUGUGGCUACAUCAAACCCUUGUUGCCUAUAUAUUCUCAGUGUCAGACCAUUAUCUUCAUUCCAGUAUGAGUUGUAUGAGAUACAGCAUGUCCAAUUGCGAUAUGAAGUAUCUUGCAUAUCAAUUCCAGAAGAGGACUCGAGACGGAGUCCUGUAGCAGUGCGUCGUGCUUUUGGGAGGGGAAAAAGGAAUAAUCUCCCAGCUAAAGUUGACGUUCGCAUGUUUGCUGUCAUUGGGACUCAUAAACCUUCUGUGGAAGUCAUCUCAUUGGAACCUGGAGAGGCAUUUAUGCUACUCUCAAUUGGGUCUAUAUCAGUGAACAAUUCAUUUGGUGCUCCUGUUAGUGGACGUAUACCUGAAAGCGUUAGGUUUGUAGCAUCUGAGAGGUUCUACAUUCUUGCAGGUCUAAGAAAUGGAAUGCUACUCAGGUUUGAGUCAGAAACAAGCGAAGAACAUUAUCUCCCUGAUUCCUUUUACAAGGAGUCUUCUACACAUUCUGUUAAUACACUCCUUCAAUUGAUUGCUAUGCGACAUAUUGGAAUUACCCCCGUAGGCUUGGUACCAUUGAGCGAUUCAGCUAAUUCUGACAUUAUUUUGCUCAGUGAUAGGUCAUGGCUAUUACAUGCUAGUAGACACAGCUUGGCAUAUUCAUCCAUCUCAUUUCUGCCUGCAUCCCAUGUCACUCCAGUAUCUUCGAUGGAUUGCCCCAGUGGUUUGCUGUUUGUUGCAGAGAACUGUUUGCAUUUGGUUGAAAUGGUUCAUGGCAAAAGAUUAAAUGCACAGAAGUUAUCAAUUGAAGGAACUCCAAGGAAAGUGCUAUACCACAGCGAUAGUAGAACGCUGUUGGUUAUGAGAACAGGGUUAACUGGUGCAUCAUGUUCUUCAGAUAUUGUCCAAAUAGAUCCAAAUAAUGGGACAUUGCUUUCCAGAUUCAAGUGUGAACCUGGUGAAACUGCUAAAUGCAUCCAGAUUGCGAAAAUAGGAAAUGAGCAAGUAUUACUUGUUGGGACAAGUAAAUCUACAGACCGACCAAUGAUGCCGAACGGUGAAGCAGAAAGCAGUAUCAAGGGACGUCUAAUUGUUCUAAGCUUGGAUACUCUUGGAAGUCCUCGUGAGAGCAGUUCAUUCGUUCCAACAUCUAACUUGAGUUCCUCUUCUCAUACUGGCUCAUUCCCGGAAAUUGUUGGAUAUGCAACUGAAGAAUUCUCUAGCAACAGCAUGUGCAGCAGUCCGGAUGAUGUUUGCUACAACCAGAUUCAACAUGAACAAAUGGCUGGACAUAUGAGAUCACUGACUCAUGUUACCUUUGCUGGUGCAGUUCUUGCUGUCUAUCCAUAUCUAGAUCGAUAUGUGGUUGCAGCAGCUGGUAAUGCGCUUUGUGUAUUUGGUUUUGUGAAUGAAAAUCCCCAUCGUAUGAAAAAGUAUGCUAUUAGUAGAACCCGGUUUACAAUUACUUGUUUGAAGACAUACGCAUCACGGAUUGCAGCAGGUGAUUGUCGUGAUGGCGUCCUCUUCUAUUCUUAUCACGAGAAUCUUAGGAAGUUGGAACUUAUUUAUGCUGAUCCUGCUCAAAGAUUGGUGGGUGAUGUUGCUCUUUUAAACUGCGAAACUGCUGUGGUAUCAGAUCGGCGUGGGAGCAUAUCUGUAUUAUCCUGCCCAAGACUGGAAGUUUCUGAAAGUCCAGAAAAGAACUUAGCUGUACGGUGUUCAUUUUUUAUGGGUGAAAUAGCUAUGAGCAUCCAGAAGGCUGCAUUUAAGUACCGGCUUCCAAUUGAUGACGAGACAGACCCAGUGUUGGAAUCAGCUUAUAACUGUGUUGUGGCGAGUACUUUGCUGGGAAGUGUUUUUGUUAUGAUUCCGCUCACUAGUGAGGAGCAUCAUCUGUUGCAAGAUGUCCAAGAAAGACUUUCACUUCACCCGUUGACUGCUCCAAUCUUGGGAAAUGAUCAUGCAGAGUUUCGUCGACGUGGUAUCCCGUUGGGGAUACCUCCCAUUCUGGACGGUGACAUGCUUGUGCAAUUCCUAGAGCUCACUGGCGAACAACAGCAAGCUGUUCUUAAUGACAUGCCUUCAGAGAAGGGACCACACAGGUCUAUCUCAGUUUUCCAGGUUAUGCGAACGUUGGAGCGACUCCACUACGCGCUUAACUGAGGUUUUCUCCAAUCAACUUGGUUGACUGUGCAUUUCAACUUAGCCGGUUUUCCAAUCUGUUUAUAUUUUGAUGGCCACAUUUGGCGCUGAGGUGACAUUGUAGUGCAACAGUUUAAACCUAAUCCCGUUUAUCUCAUCCUGUGUCUAUCAAUUGGGCAUCCCUUAGUGAAAGAUUUGUACAUAACAGAUAUUUAGCAAAAGAUCAUCCAUACAUUCUCUGCAUUGAUGCACACAGUGGAA